UUUUAAUUCCUGACAAUUCACACUUUAAUAAAUUAACCCUGCCUGUAACAGUCUGCUUUUCUUUUGUACUUCAACUAAGGAUUUUGCAAUGAGUGGCAUGAGGAUUGGAAUCUUUUAUACCAAAAACCAACAUGUGCUUAAAUCUAUGAGCCACCUUGCUCUGUUUCACCAAUGCCCUGGACCUACGCAGUAUGUUAUCUCCAGGCUACUGGGAGACAGAGGUUUGUGAGACCUACCAUGUAGCUUUUUCUUAAUGUUUAGUGUCAGUGGUUAGUGAAUAUUUGUAAUAUGCAGUUAAUUUUAGUAAUGUCUAAUGGAAAGAAUCGCUUCAGAGAAGUUUGAGGGGGGAAAAAGUAUUAGCAAUGUUGCUAAAAAAAUAAAUAAAUCACAAACUAAGGUUCUACUUACCAACAUUAGUACACAUGAAUUUGGGUCUAGAAGGAGCAAGGUUGCCACAGAGUGAUGUAAUGUGCCCAGUAGGAAUGUCUGUUAUGACUUAAUGAUGUCAUAGGGCAUUCCGUGCUUACAAAACGUAUAGCACAGAGCUAACACGCUAGCUGCCCGUCAUGAAACCCGUUGUGCCACAGAAGUGUUUAUGCAUGAUAAUUAUUAUUACUCUCCUUUAUAAAACGCCAACAAGUUCCACAUGACUGUACAACUGGGUAAUAAAUAAACUGUACAAUAUACACACCUAAUAGAAAAGAUAGAGGGACCUACUUGAGCUGAGAUCUAACCGUUUAAGCUCUUUUAUGGUGUGGGUGUUCUCAUGGAACAAGGAGUGCAGUAAAUAUCUUACUUGAAAUGUACAUUUAUGGAAUUUCCUCUGGUUUGCAUAAAAAGUGGGACAACAAAUGAAUAAUCUGUGACUUGAGGACAAAGGUCCAAAAUGGGUCUGGGAGAUAUUUUAAAAAUUACUCAAUUUAAUUUUAAUAAAUGAAAUCUUGGAUCUUUACUUUUAUAUAUUGAUAAUUUUGCUUUGAAAUCAGACUUGUAAACCUCUUCUUGUCUUCAGAGUGGUUGGAAAACACAUUCUUUCCAGGUAACAGGCAACGUCUCAAGGAAUCCCAGUUGAUGAUGGUCCGUGGUCUGCAGGAUCUGGGGAUUCCAGUUCUCAAAAGCUCAGCAGGACUCUAUGUUUGGGCAGACUUCAGAAAAGUGCGUAGUCCACAAAAUGUGUGAUAAGCGUAAAGGAAGCAAUAAUAGUUUUAUUAUGAAUCUCUAUUGCUACACAUUCUAGUGUAUCUGUCAAACUUUUCUAGUAUCUAUGAAGAGUCUAUUCAGUCAGGCCAUUGGCAGAUUGCUGCACUUAUAUGGAAAUGUCCAUAUAUCAAAAUAUUUUAAUAACAUUAAGAAUAAACCAACAAAAAAUAAUUAAAAAAUGUUAACAAGAAAUCUAUUAUUGAGGUUAUCUGCAAAUUCAAAAUAAAUUUGAAUAAAAUUUCUAGAACCAAUUGUUGUAUUGCUCUGUAAUAGCCCUUAGCAAUAUAAUGCUCACACAAUUAAAUAGUUUAAUUUUAAAAAGGAAAAAAAAGUGGAUUUUAAAAAAAGUGUUGUUUUUUUUGGAACGUGUAGUUUUUGACAUCCCAGACAUUAGAAGCAGAGAUGGAAUUAUGGUGGAGAUUUCUUGGAGAAAAGCUGUACAUCGCUCCCGGCAAGGCCUUUGAAUGUUAUGAGCCUGGCUGGUUUCGCCUGACAUUUUCUCUUCCAAAUGAGCUGUUGCAAGCAGGUAUUAUAGUAGUUUCAUUGAAAUUCUUACCACAUGAUCCACUUAUAGCCUAGUGGAAGCCCUUUCCAUCCUUCAGUUAGCAGGUACUUCUGGUUUUAAAGUGAACAUAGAAACAUAGAAUGUGACAUGUUGCCUAAUUUUAAACUUAAAAUAAGCUAUAUCCUUUCUCUAUGCACUUACUGAAAUUUUAGUUUAUUUUUUCAGUGUCCUUCAAUGUAGCUUCAUAGAAUUUUUAGAACACUCACCUUCUUCCUAACAGUUCCAAUGCCGCCUUUAGCUCGUCUUCAUGGGAGUGAAUCCUCUUUUUUUCUGUCCUGCCACAAAUUGGGAAGCCUCUGAAGGCUUCCCCACACUUAGCACUGCCCCCAUAGGCGUGCGCAGCCUAUUGCAUUAGGGUGUGCACCCUAAAGCACAAGCACACGCCGCAUAUAUGUAUGUAUGUAUGUAUAUACAUACACAUAUAUACACACAUACACACACUGCUGUGUGUGUGCUGUGUGAGGGUGCUGUUAGUGUGAUGUGUGUGUGACGAUGCUGGUAGUGUGCUAUGUGGGUGAGGGUGUUUGUGUGUGUGUGCUUGUGAGGAUGCUGUUAAUGUACUGUGUGUGAGGGUGCUGUUUGUGUGUGUGUGCGCUUGUGAGGGUGCUGUUAAUGUACUGUGUGUGAGGGUGCUGUAUGUGUGUUGGUGCUGUGUAUGUCUGUGGGUGCUGUAUGUGUGUGGGUGCUGUGUAUGUCUGUGGGUGCUGUGUCUGUGGGUGCUGUAUGUGUGUGGGUGCUGUAUGGGUGCUGUAUGUGUGUGGGUGCUGUGUAUGUCUGUGGGUGCUGUAUGUCUGUGGGUGCUGAAUGUGUGUGGGUGCUGUGUGUGGGUGCUGUAUGUCUGUGGGUGCUGUGUAUGUCUGUGGGUGCUGUAUGUCUGUGGGUGCUGAAUGUGUGUGGGUGCUGUGUAUGUCUGUGGGUGCUGAAUGUGUGUGGGUGCUGUGUAUGUCUGUGGGUGCUGAAUGUGUGUGGGUGCUGUGUAUGUCUGUGGGUGCUGAAUGUGUGUGGGUGCUGUGUAUGUCUGUGGGUGCUGAAUGUGUGUGGGUGCUGAAUGUGUGUGGGUGCUGUGUAUGUCUGUGGGUGCUAAAUGUCUGUGGGUGCUGAAUGUGUGUGGAUGCUGUGUAUGUCUGUGGGUGCUGUGUAUGUCUGGGUGCUGAAUGUGUGUGGGUGCUGUAUGUCUGUGGGUGCUGUGUAUGUCUGUGGGUGCUGUGUAUGUCUGUGGGUGCUGAAUGUGUGUGUGUGCUGAAUGUGUGUUGUAUGUCUGUGGGUGGGUGAUUGUGGGGGGUGGAGGUGGGGGUACAUUAUUUGCUAUCCCCCCUCCCUUCUUACCUUUUGUAGGGAGGGGGGAUAGUGCUGCUGCUUCCUUCCCUGGUGGUCCAGUGGAGGAGGGGAAACUUGCUGCUGUGAUCCCUGGUGGUCCAGUGGAGAGUGAACUCUAACCCCUGUGGGGCUAGAGUUCACUCUCGCGAGAUUUGAGCGUUGCCGUGGCAACGCUCAUAUCUCUCGAGAGGAACCCGGCGGAGCUGCCGGCAAUAGCUCCGCCGGGUCCUCUCCUGCCUCCCUCCCUGCAUGUGGGUCAGUGGGGAGGGAGGCUGAGAGCAGAGCCGGCGCUCGGAUAGCGCCGGCUCUGCAUGAGCCGACAGGGGAGAUCCUGAGAUCUCCCCUGCCGGUCUCAAUACACAUAGGCGUGCCGCGGGACUAGGGUGUGCCCAGGCACACCCAGCACACCCCGUGCGCACGCCUAUGACUGCCCCCUCAUUAUACUGGAUUUAUUGCCAGUGUAUCAGCCCACUGAACAGAGCCAGGUAAGACUUCACUCCAUUCUGAAUAGGAUUUAAUUUUAAGUAAAAAGUGGCACGACGGGUCCCCUUUUAUGUUGCAGUUAAAGUUUCAUUAAAACAGCUCUAACCUUCUGUUAUACUUUAAAUAAAGAACAAUAUGCAAUUUAGCCAUUUUGCAGUCCUCAAAAAAGGCAGAUAUUGCCUUUAUCAAGUCACAAGGGGCCAUCUCGCCUGAUGAACUAGCAAGGCAGAUCAGCCAGUUUGAAUGCAUGCCUGGCUCCCUGCCAAUCAAGCAGGCUGGCCUACCAAGUGCAGACCACGCAGUGAGCACUGUUUCACUAUCUUUGGCCCAAAACACCAUGUCCAUCUUUUGAAAACUACUUUCCCUAUUUUCUAGGAGCUCCAUAUUGUUGGUGCGUCUGAGUGUAUAACUGAGCUCCACAGCAAUAAUACUACCAGUAAUGUGUCUUUAAACUAAAAUAAAUGUGUUUAGAAAUCCAUCUGUGUAAAUAAGAUACAUUGUUCUUGUUCUAAAGUAUAUUUUAGUUCCAUAAAUUUUUAUUAGUAAGUCAACAAAAAUUUCUCAAAGCAGCCCUACCCAUGGCCACAUCCCCACUCACAUACUUAAAAUUAGUGUCCCUCUUUGUCCAUUUGAAAGGUUGGGAGAUGUGGAGUAAAUAAGAUCUCCUGAGAAUAUCAUUAUAGAAUAACUUCAUAUCUCAGAACCAUCAGGGAUCCAUGCUCUGCCUAUUUCAAAAUAAUUGUAGUAGAAAGGUAAAAUUGGAUGUUAGAACAUUUUAAGGAGCAUUUUGACUUAUUACACAAUAAUAAUGUAGAAGCCUACAGGGGAAUCAAGACACAGGACCCAAGUAUAUGGCACAGGUGCACCAGUUAAAACAAAAGAUCAUUAAAUAUUUUUGGGGGUUAAAAUUUUUUUUUAUUUUCCUUUUCUGAACAGGCUUAAAGAAACUUAAGAAACUGUUGAAGCAAGAGACGAAAACUAAAAUCUGCAACUGAGCUAUAUAUCCUAUAACAUGG